GGUAUGAGAAUGAUAAUGACUGCCCCUAACUAGAUAAAAGUUAGUGAGUAUACGCAGCACAUCUGCCGCUUCUCAUGAAAGCUCAGUCAAUGUAUAGGGUGUAGUCUCAGUUCCCGCUGUGCAGCUCCGUCUCCAGAAAACUUCAGUUUGAAUCUGCCGCGGACUUCCUUGUCUCCGCACAACGCCAGACGGUGGAACGGAUCACCUGGCACCCCGACUGGGUACCUCCGUUGAAGGAUGCUCCUAGCGCUUCCUGAGGGCUCCAAGCACUCCAGCCGAUACCAUAACCACCGUAGACUCCUUCCGAGAGCAAGACAGGAACAAGCUCUUACAAGAGCUUAGAAGUGAUUAUCCAAGGGAGCAUGCAGAGCAUAGCAAUCCCUUGUAGUGAUAUAGCAAUACCCCCAAUAAGAGACAGGACUCUAGAUUGAGGGUGAAGAAGAACUGACUGUACUAGCACAUAAAGCCUCUUUUAUUCACAGUCCACAAACAUAGUACUGCCCACAGGGUUUUGCAGAACAACCAAUCAAUCCGUACAAUACACACAGACACUCCCACACAAAAUCCUCCCCUCUGCCUGUGAUAUGAUUACUGAACACAAUGGUUAAUAUAAUUAUCACAGGCAGAGAAAUACAGUAUUAUAAAACAUAUCACAGGGACCCCAAAACAUGCAAUACCCCCAUAUAUCCUCGGAACCGGGGGAUCUGGGUGAACCACAUAUCCAAAAUUCAGAGACAGACUGACACUAUACAGAGACUGAGACAGACAUUAUACAGAGACUGAGACAGACACUAUACAGAGGCAGGCACUAUACAGAGACUGACACACACUAUACAGAGACUGACACACACUAUAUAGAGACACUAUACAGAGACUGAGACAGAGACACUAUACAGAGGCAGGCACUAUACAGAGAGAGACACUAUACAGAGACUGACAGACACUAUACAGAGGAAGGCACUAUACAGAGGGACAUGUUUGUGAAACAGCUAAAUUACCCUCAGUGACUCUUGGUCUCCGGAAACAUGGCGCCCAAUUGUUCUAAUCACUCAGUAGUCGGCCUGUGGAUCUCGGGUGUUUAGAUCUCUAUCGUCAUAUUGCUGAGUGGCGAAGAAUAACCAAUAGCUGGGGGAGAGGGGCGUGUCUAUCUUGAAAUGGGUGUGUUUAUCUAUGAAGGGGCGGGGUCUGAGCCAGAGAUUUAAACCAUCAGUACUGCUUAAUGUGUGGCAUUGGACAAUAGAGGUAAUUAUCACAUGGGCUGAAUGGGGGGCUGGGGGUGGGAGUAUAUAUAAUAUAUUAUAACCAGGGCUGGGAGUAUAUAUAAUAUAUCAUAACCAGGGGUGGGAGUAUAUAUAUUAUAUAACAUGGGGUGGGAGUAUAUAUAAUAUAUUAUAACCAGGGGUGGGAGUAUAUAUAAUAUAUUAUAACAUGGGGUGGGAGUAUAUAUAUUAUAACCAGGGCUGGGAGUAUAUAUAAUAUAUCAUAACCAGGGGUGGGAGUAUAUAUAAUAUAUUAUAACCAGGGGUGGGAGUAUAUAUAAUAUAUUAUAACAUGGGGUGGGAGUAUAUAUAAUAUAUUAUAACCAGGGCUGGGAGUAUAUAUAAUAUAUCAUAACCAGGGGUGGGAGUAUAUAUAUUAUAUAACAUGGGGUGGGAGUAUAUAUAUAUAUAUCACCAGGGGUGGGAGUAUAUAUAUUAUAUAACAUGGGGUGGGAGUAUAUAUAAUAUAUCACCAGGGGUGGGAGUAUAUAUAUUAUAUAACAUGGGGUGGGAGUAUAUAUAAUAUAUCACCAGGGGUGGGAGUAUAUAUUUAUAACCAGGGCUGGGAGUAUAUAUAUUAUAUAACAUGGGGUGGGAGUAUAUAUUUAUAACCAGGGGUGGGAGUAUAUAUAAUAUAUUAUAUCACCAGGGGUGGGAGUAUAUAUUUAUAACCAGGGGUGGGAGUAUAUAUAAUAUAUUAUAUCACCAGGGGUGGGAGUAUAUAUUUAUAACCAGGGGUGAGAGUAUAUAUACAGAGACUGAGACAGACAGACACUAUACAGAGACUGAGACAGACAGACACUAUACAGAGAAAGACACUAUACAGAGACUGAGACAGACACUAUAUAGAGAGACACUAUACAGAGACUGACAGACAGGCACUAUACAGAGACAGACAGACACUAUACAGAGAAAGACACUAUACAGAGACUGAGACAGACACUAUAUAGAGAGACACUAUACAGAGACUGACAGACAGGCACUAUACAGAGAAAGACAGACACUAUACAGAGACUGGCACAAUACAGAGAAAGACUGGCACUAUACAGAGACUGAGACAGACACUAUAUAGAGAGACACUAUACAGAGACUGACAGACAGGCACUAUACAGAGACUGGCACUAUACAGAGGCAGACACUAUACAGAGACUGGCACAAUACAGAGGCAGGCACUAUACAGAGAGAGACACUAUACAGAGACUGACAGACACUAUACAGAGGAAGGCACUAUACAGAGGGAC